GCGGUUUGUUAGCGGCAUUACACUGAGAGUAACGUGGAGUUGUGAGGGGAGUGACACGUCUGCUGUUGCCUUGUAUCUGCAUAUGUCAUUGUUAUAUUACUUAGAUUUUGCUCUACGAAUGCAUUAAUCUUAAGCAGAGCACAAGCGGGAAUGUUGCUGUCAUUUUUGACAUUAUUCAUGGGGAAAUCCAUCGGUAUUGGGGUUGUUUUGAGCCCUCUAGAAAGGCACAGGACCUGUAAUUUAAGAAAAUAUACAUUUAUGCGAAUCCUCGCGGGGCCUUUCAGUCCUGAAUGAAACAUGCUUCGUGUUUUAGAUUAUGACAGCAGACACUGUCAAACUGAGACAAAAAGUAAUUAUCAAAAGCUUUCCUCUAACCAUAGCUGACUGUAACAUUGUUAUUGUUGUCAUAGAUAUAUUUGUGCUUUCUUAUGGUUUGACAUUUUACACUGCGUGUCUUGAAAAAGAGCACACAUGUUGCAGACCUUGAAGUCAUGAGAUCCGCAUUACAGUCAAAAAUGUGCAACGCUUUUUUGUGAAUAUCCAAGUUGAUGUCUCUCAUUUUCCUGUAGUAUAUAUCUCAAAAUGUUUUUAUUUUUUCUUCUUUGUCUUCACAUCAAUCUGACCCACAAUAGAAAUUUUCAUUGUCAAAAUUAGUUCAUUUACAUAAUAAAAAAAAUACAAUUCCAGCUAAAAGAAAUAAUGGUUUCAGAGGUUUCUUGUUAAUUAUUGAUGUAAAAUGAAAGGAAAGCAAUUCAGUUCAUUUUGAGACUCAUUCUUGCCUAAAAAAUCCAGAGUUUAUGCCUAUGAAAACAUCUUUACCUUGCAAAAUUUAAAAGGACAAACUGAAACAAAGUGAGCUUUAAAAUUCUGCAAGUAAAUCAUCCAUUUGUGUUCACGUAUGUUUUGACUUCCCUUCAAGCAAUAUUGGCUUAUUUGACCUGAACUGUUUUGCUAAAACAAUUCAUCCAUUCUACAUUGCCUGUCCCAUUGAAUACCACUGGAGGCAACAGUGGGUGAGGGCAGAGUACACCCUGGGCAGGUCAGUGAGAUUCUCAACAUAAUAUACAGUAUUCUGGAAAAAAAAAUAGUCCAUAAAAGGUUUCUUCAAGGUGAACACUUCUGUCUACUAACAACAUUUAGCUACAAUCCAUCAAGGUUUUGUUUUAUGUCAAUCAGACAAAAGCUGUUUUCAGUGAUGUGAGUUUGUUGUCUUCAGCUUCCAGCUUUCUGCAGCCCAGCUGUUUGUGGAGUCUGAUGAUGGGACUCUGGCAGCCGGUGACUAACCUUAGAGAUUAUGUAUCCCACAAUCCUCCAGCCUUUACUUUUUUCCUGGGUCUGUUGACUCUGGCCAUGUCGUUCAUCUGCCUGGGCUCUUACAGCCACACUCACACUCUGCCAAAUCCCGACACAUCUAAGGACUGGAACCACCUGCUGUCCUCCUUAUCCCAGUUCCAACUGUGUGAGAAAGCAAAUGAAAGCUCACCUGAGUUAAACUCCUCAGUUCCUUCUUCUCUGAUGGAACAAGAAAAGGAUGAAAAGGCUUCGGUUAACGUGACAAAGAGACCUUCCUCCAUCUUAACCUUGCACCUCAGGGUUCCUCUGACUGUGACUAUAAAACCACCAAGUGAUUCACCUAAAGAUCUCCAUCUGCACACGACUUUGAGAGCCAGUCUGCUUAAUAUUGGAGGUGAAGAAAAUGUGACUUUGACACUUGAAGUUCUGGCUGGAAACAGUACUCGCACCUGCCUCACCAUAAGCGCCCCAGCACACCUCCUACCAAUGAGUCUGCGUCCUCCGGAGUGUCCUGCAUCAGAGAAAAAUAUUUCUCAGAUUCACGCAGAAGCGAGUGAACAGCUGCUGACAGAAUCACAGGCUUGCUACAGCCUGCACUUCAAGAACGACCCGACACUUACAGUCAUGUUAACACAGGAAGAGCAGAGUAUGGCUGUGCGACAUCUCUUUGAAGUUGGCAUCUUUCUGCUGGUAAUCUGUGUGUUACUCUGUUUAACUGUGAGUUUGACACAUUCACUCACUCGACGCCAGGAAUGGAAAGGACUGGAUCUUCAAAAUGAGCCCUUGAUUGACAGCUGACCAUUGUCAUCCCCUGCAUCCUGAAGAGAUGAGAUGCGUUUAAUGUUCCUACUUACCUCUUUUUGUAAAAGCAGCCCUGAGGUAGCACAAGUAUUCAUAUAAACAUGGAUAGAGUAUUGUCUUUCACUCUGAAAGAAGCUUGCAUAAGCUUGAGAAAUUAUCAGUAUCAUUGUCACCAGGAAAAUUUCUCAGUUGUUCUGAAGUUAAUGCGUACCGGUGAUCAUUUGAAGAAUAUUUCCAAUGUCCUGCAUCCAUCUUCUGUCAUUUUUCUUUCCAACUUUUUAUUUGUGCAAUAUGUAGUAUGAAUAUUUUUGAAAGUGUAAGAAAGGGUUGUAACUUCUAAAGGGAUUAUGUUGCCAUUGACACACUUCUUCCUGUAAUGCCUGGAUUGAUGUGCAUUCCAAGACUAAUUUUAGUGCACAGAAGUACACCAAUAGAGUUUUACAAAACAUACUUAUGAUCUAUUUGUGUAUCCCAGAGUAAAUGAAAUCAAAUAUUUCAUAUUUUUCUAAAUGGAAAUUAUUCUGUUUUCGCAAGAGUGUAGUUUUAAAACGUGAUUUUGUUGCGAUAUUUAUGUUUACCUACUUUUUUUGGGACCAAAGAGUGGUAACUGUUUUUAACACUGUUUCAAGUUACAUAGUAUCUCCAUUUACAGGCUUUGUUUACAAUGUGACCUCUGGUUUGUACAACUUCAUGAAUCACUGUUAGCAUUGUAGUGAGAAUUUUCAAAAGUGAAUUCUAAACAACCUAACUGGACAUCUCGCAAAGGCAGAAUGAUUACAUGGAAACAAUAAGUCGACUAAUCUCAUCUGUGCUGCUCAGAAACAGAGGAUCCAAGUCAUCUAGGUUUUAAACAUUGUUUCAAUUGCUGUAGCAAGAAUAAACAACAAUGACAAUUAUUAAUUGUUUGUGUUUUGACUCAGUGUUCCACAAUAC